AUGGAAAACCCUGAUGAGGGAAAAUCUGGCCCAAGGGAGGAGGAAGACCAAAAUGGAGAAACAAGUGGGAAAACAUUUGCCCUUUUUGAAAAUGAGAAUUUUGAAUUGAAUGCAAGUGAUGAUGAGUUCGAGUCCGGGAGCGCCGAGGGGGAGGACGCGGAAGAUGGUGAAUACGCUGAGGAGGGGGAGCAGGACGAUGGGGAGGAAAGCGGGUCCGAGAGUGAAGGCAUGUCGUACGGCGAUUUGAGUAGCGAGGGGGGUAGCGACGGUGAGGAUGGUAGUGCUGAUGAGGAGGAAGGUAGUGGUGAUGAGGAGGAGGGCAUCGCCCAUGUGGAUGACGGAGAUGACGCGGUAGGCCUUGAAGAACACCCCGAAGUUGGUGACACAACGCACAGGAUGACAGACGUGCGCGCACAAAUGGCCGGCAUGAUUAAAAGAAGAAACAAAAGAAAAUGGAUCAACCGGGAAGAACAGAUUUACAAAGAUGACAUAGGAGUGUACAGGAAGGGGAAGCUCAUGAAUAGUGAGGACAUUGAAGACCGCAUGAAGUAUCUGUUGCUCUUGUUCAGCGAAAGGGAGAAGGUGAUAAAAAUGCCUUCCACAGGACUUAAAGCAAAAGUGAAUAAAGCGGCCAUUGUGAAAGAGCUUCUGUUCUAUUACACCUACUUCUAUGAGUACAGUGAGCAGCUGAUUAAAUAUUUGUACUACCUAUUUGACCUGAAGGAACUCUACCUGUUCCUCGAGAUGAACAACCUGCCAAAGGAGAUACACUUACGAACAAACACGGUUAAGAUCACGAGGAAAAAUUUAAUUAAUAUUUUGAAAAGCCAAAAUAUAAAUGCAGAAGAAGGAGAGAACUGGAACAAUGUAGGAAUCGUUAUUAAUGAUGUGAACUCAAAUGUGGGUUCUUUAAAUGAGUACAUGUAUGGCUAUUACAUGAUCCAGUCAGCCUCUUCUUUAAUACCUGUGUUGGAGUUAAAUGUACAACCGGAAGAUAUAGUGUUGGAUAUGUGUGCUGCCCCUGGGGGAAAGUGCACCUUCAUAUGUGCUCUGCAAAAAAAUAAAGGUUUCGUGUACGCCAAUGAUAUUAAUAAAAUGAGAUGCAAAGCUAUUGAAGCCAAUGCCUCGAGAAUGGGAAUUCACAAUUUAGUCAUUACCUCGUUCGAUGCUGUGAAGGUGGGACAAAAGUGGACCUUCCAAUUCGAUAAAAUUAUGUUAGAUGCUCCAUGUAGUGGUACAGGAGUUGUGAACAAAAAUAAAGGAGCCAGGAGAAAGAGUCUUAAGGAAAUUAGGGAAUUAGCACAGAAGCAAAGGAAACUACUCAACAAUGCCAUCAGCUUGGUGAAAAAUGGUGGCAUCGUUGUCUACUCCACUUGCAGUAUCACCGUGGAGGAAAAUGAACAAGUUAUUAAUUACAUUUUAAAAAAAAGGGAUGUGAAUAUCCUGCCCGUCGACAUACAAAUUGGAGACCCCGGGAUCACCCACUACAGGAAGAAAGAGUUUUCCAGCAAGGUCGCUCUCUGUAGAAGGAUUUACCUGCACAAGCACAACUACGAUAAUUUUUUUGUUGCAAAGCUGUGGAAGCGAUCGGACGCGGUCUACACCAAGGGGAAAGUGAAGACGCCCAACAACAAGCCGCGCACAGGAAAGGGUGCACAUAACAACGACAGGGUUGAUAAAAACGCUCGAGACGCGCAGAAGAACGGAGAUGGACAUCUCAAGGCGGGAGUUAAAAAUAAGAAAAAGGGAAAAUUCCACAGUGGCAAGGGAAAGAAAAAGAAGAAGCAAAAGGAAAAGACAGGCGCUCCGUCCGCCAUGCGAAAUGACAAAGCGGUGAAAAAAGGGGUCACCUUUGCCAAGGGCAAAACCCAGUUCGCCAGAAAAAAUGCCAAGUUUGGAAAAAAAAAAAAAAAAGUGCACAAGGGGAGGUAA